GUUACGAGCACCCUCAAAAAACACCAUUACUGUCCCAUGACAGAAGAUUUUGCCACUACGACACGUUGCAACCAAAGUGAUGGUAGACACAGGACAGGGUUUGCCCAUGGCUUGCCUGCAGAUGCCUGUGUGUCAGAAUUUGGACAAAUGACUGAUGAUGGUCCGCAGGCAGUGGUUGAAAAGAUCAAGAGUCAGUCAGACUUGGUAGAUGUGGAUGGGCUGGUGGAGAAUAGAGUCGAUGACCAUCCUGACCAUGGAGAAGCCAUCGCUGGUGAACCACAGCCAGGCCAGCCCAAAGUGUCUUCUUCCAGGCCUUCCGAGCCCGCUCUGGUGACGCAGGAGAAACUCCCCCCACAAGCCUUCAGUAAGGCAGCGGGCAGGCCACCGCCGCCUCCGGGUCCACCACCGCUGGCUCCGCCGCUGGCUCCACCGCGCGUGGCCACCGUGCCGCCGCGUCGCACGCUGAUCGGUGCACCAAGCGGUGGCGUUCGCCAGCCGAUGCCGGCGCCGAGCUCGCAUUGGGUUUAUGGACCUGCAGUUGACGAGCGUCGGAGCGGCGGAGCGCAGGGCCCCUAUGGCAGGGAGUGGGAUCCGUACCAAUGGCGCACUGGGCAGCCUGAGUUCGAUCCGCAGUGGAAUGACUGGGAUGCCCGUCAGGAGUCAAGACCAUGGUCUUACUCCACCCCCUUGGCCGCGUGGGCACCUCAGGAAGAUCCCAAGGAGUUGAGGUUGAAAGUGGUGGCCUCCAAGUUGGAGACAGAUGUCCAGGAGGGCCUUCUAGAGCUGCAGCGCGCCCGUGACGAUGGAUGUCCGGCCCCUCCUGCCCUAGUGGCCAAGGCGCUGGAGCUGGCCGCAGCUGCGGGUCAUGUUUGCCUGGUUGAAGCUGUGGAAGGGCUCUUUCUGGACGAAGCCCGGACGUUCGAGCUGGACAUCCCAAACUUCGCUGCCAUGAUCGAAAAGCUGGUCUUGGACCCCUUCUCCUACAAGCCAGCCACUGUUCGGCUGCUGCUCAACUUGGCCUUGUCGCAGGAGAGCCCCAUUGUGCCAUUAGUGCCCGAGUCCUUGACCGAAGCUGAAGCACGCGAAACUUUGUUGGGAGAUGCACAGCCACGCCACGAAGAAAAGGAUGUUCUGAAAGAAGAAGGUGAGGAGGAAGAAGAAGAGACAGAGGAGGCGGAGGAGGAUGCCGGAGGUGCAGAGUGGCCUGAGGAGUUGGUGUUUCGGGGCUGCGAAGCCUGGCCGGAGCUGAACGGCACCUUUUUGCGGACGCGUGACUUCGACCAACUGAGCCCGCACGAGCGGCCGAUCUACCAGCGCCGAGUCACGAGCGCCGAUGGCAAAGAGCUCCGGGUGCUGUGCUUCUUCUGGGACUUUGGGGCCCAAAGUGGCCCAAAGAAGGGGGCCAAGAAGAUGAAGAAGCGGAAGAAAAAACAGGGUGGCUGGUGGCUGGGCACCCAGGUGGGUGGCAAGGCUGGGCUGUUGGGCUCCUGUGCCAGCGAGGAUGAGGUGCCGCCUCUCCAGGGAUGGCGGCUGAAGCGGAAAGGGGAGAAGGAGUUCCGGGAAGAUGCUGGAGGCUUCGCCUCACAGGAGGACCUCUCAGUCGAGGCCUUGAAGCGCUUGGACUUGCAGAAGCUGAGGAACCGUGUGGCAGCGCCGAGCGCGGCCUGUGGGAAGUAUUUUGGCCACUUUUGCGCCCUGCUCCACCUAGAGUACUUUGUGGAGGUGGCCGCUCUACGUCGGCGCACCUCCAAGCGUUCCGGUGAGGAGUUGCAGCGCGGGGGGUGGGCGCUGGUGAACUUGCAAGCCAUGGACAUCUCCAAGGGCAAGGGCAAAGGGAAGGAGAAAGGCAAGGGUCGCGACAGCGGUUUUCAGAUCACCCUGAUGAUGCCCAAGUCUCCCAAGAUCGACAUUGAUCGCUUGCGCUUCAAGCGUGGGGACAGUGUGAUCCUCUCCGGAACAGCUGCCACCGGUCACCCCGCCCCUGCCCAGUUGCAAGAGCUGAAUCCUUCGGUGCUCGUCAUCGCCGUGGAGGGCGCCUCCUUCGUCCCAUCGAAGGGCCGUGCCUAUCGCGUGGACAAGGGCAGCAAUCGCCUCAGCUAUACUCGCCAGAUGAGCUCCUUGGUGACGCUUUGCAAGGAGGGCGGAGCUGAUCGCCCCAAGAUCUUUGAGCUCAUCACCCGCGCCAACGUGGGAGACGUGGAUGCCUGGACUGCCCAUUGGACCGAUCCUUUGACGACGGCGAAGACGACGGCGAAGACGACGGCGAAGGUUUCGGAUGGGCUGUGGGUGGAGGGGCAGAAGGUGCGGCUGUGCGGGCUGAAGGCGGAGGCGCUGAAUGGACAAGAAGGCGAACUGGUGGCCGUUGAUGGCCGGGUGCUUGCCUCCGGGUCGGUGCCGCCGCGCGCGCAUGUAAAGCUGAAGGAUGGGGUGAAGGCGGUGCAGGUCGUUCACUUGGAGAAGGUGGACGCGCAGGCCGCGUUUGUCCCUGCAGCCAUCGCUUCAGCCUCAGUGGAGUUGGCAGCAGAGGCGCUGCCGGCGGACGCAGAGAAGCUGUCCAAGUGUCAGGAGGAGUGCGACCUUCCUGGCAGAGGAGGUGAACAUGAGCUCGCGGCGCUCAGUUGCACCGACGCGCAGAAGCGCGCGAUCGGUGCGACCUUCCAGCGACGCUGCACGAUGAUCCAGGGACCUCCAGGUACUGGAAAGACCUUCACCGCCGUCGAGGUGUUGCGUUCCUGGGCGCAGCUGGGACUGAAGCCGCUGCUGGCGGUGGCCGAUGGGAACAUCGCGGUCGACAACAUUGCAGCCACCUGGUCGGACGGAGGGGCGGGGAUGAAAGUGAAGACGGUGCGGGUGGGGCGGCCUGAGAAGAUCCGACCCGAGCUGGAGGAGAUCACCCUGGACAACCAGUGCAAGGCUGGGGACUGUGAGGCAUGGUAUUGCUAG